CCAUUCAGUUUCUAUUGGUUGUUCGAUUGUCGCGGUUGUGUUCGUUCUCUGGGGGGUCUUUGUCGAAACGCGCGGUAACGACCUCUCCCGUCGUAAGGAACCGUCAAAACUUUUCGCUCACCAGUCACAUCUGUGUCCCCGUCCUGGGGGUUAUCGUAAAAACGCAUCGAAAGAACCCCGAAAUAAAACAACAAGCAGUGCGAAGGGAAAACGCUGUGUUAUUUUCGUUAUUGCUGUGUGACUGGCUGCAGAAAUAUUAGAACAAAUCACGAACAGGGAAGUUAUUUUUACUAAUAAUCAACGAAAGCGAAUUGUUUGGUAGGUUUUUGUUGUGUGUGCCGUUCUUGACAAAUUUCGAUAAAAACGAUAAAGUGUACUCGCAGUAGGCGGAUACGGUUCCUCGCGAAUGGUGAUAAGAAGAAAAAAAAUUGCAAACAUUGUCGGAGCUGAGUGAUAAGCAAUUUCAUUGGGUGGAUACGGCUAAUUGAGAUAUCCUUCUCCAGCCCGCAUCACAUAUAUGACGGAGACGAUUCCGCUGAGAAACGGAGGAGGUCCAGUGAAACUAGAUUAUGUUGAUUGUGUGGUAGAAAUCAAUUUCGUGUGGAGCGCGUGUGAAAUGGAAAACUUAUUUCACUUGAUCCAGCGAGGCGGAGGAAGCUGCAUCCCGAUUUUGGAAGCAUAGUUUAUUACAAGUGAAUGAAAAGGAAUACUUAUUGGUUUUUUAAAUCUCCAAAUAGGAACGGGUUCAUGUGAUACGGGGGUGACACUUUUUUUGUGUGUUUCCCACAGCGCAGUCUGAGACGCCCCGAAACAUUGAAUUGGCUGAUGAAUAGUGCAGGUUGAUGGUGGUGGUGCGGCUGGAGUAAAAACUCGGAAAUCGCUCUCUCACCACAUCGAACGCGAAGCGUGCGUCGUGCGAGAAGUGAGAACGGCUCAUUCGGAGUGUAAACAACAGCGACGAGAGGCUCUUGAUGAAUUUGUGUACGUCUCAUGGUCGUGUGUGGUGUUUUGGAGCGACAGAGUGCAACAGUGUUGGUAAAAAGUGACGUUUUCAAAGCACACAUUUAUUGUGGGUGAAAAAUUGUGUUUACCAAUCUUUUGGAAAGCGUAAUUUCUCGUGAUAAUUAACACAAAAAAGUGGAAAAAAGAGAAGCAACGAGUGAAAGAUCUAAGCUGCAGCUGGAGAUUUACCGAUAGUGUGUGGAGGAGAUCCGACUGUCAGCGAUUGUUUUGCUUCGGUCUUAAUCAGUUCAUAUAAGCCAUUCGGGGUGAUUCCGACCAAGUUGCGCCAUGUUGUAGUGUGUAUCUCGUUCUACGCAGAGGAUACUGCUCGUUUAAACUCUUCAAAUCACCCAUACUGCUUACGCCAAAAAACAACUACGCUCAUCUGAUAAGAUUUAUGCAGUUUCGCCGUCAUCGUAUGACCACAGCAUUACUGUUUGAAGCAGCAGAUCGUUCAUGCUCGGUAAGCCGCUGAGAGGGUUCGGUAGAUGUCAGCAUCAUCCCCUGCGGACAGGCCUCGAUGUGCCCUCGAAGGGCCCCGCCAAUUUACUGGGCUGAGAAGCGAACCAACCCCUCCGUCGACAUCUACUGGUGAUUUCAUCGCUAUUCCGAAUCGAUUGGAUAUCGACGGCUGCUCUCUAUGCCUGCCGGGGAAGUACCACAGCCAAACACACGGGAACGGGAACGGCUUUACCAAGAUGACGUAAAGGGGUCCGAUUGGGAAGAAGAGAAGAUUGCAACUAUUGGACCAUUUUUACGCGAUCACAAACCGCACUAGCCAUUCGAUCACUUUCUAGCGAGUGCCGAAUAACGAACAAACUAGACACCCAACUUAGCCGCCACCAAAUAUUUAUGAAACAGUUCAAGGAACAAAAGAUCAAGGUCAUCAGAAUGCUGACCCGAAGGAAUUGGUUGUUGCGAUGCAGCAUCCUAAUCAACGUUGCCGUGCUGCUUUACCUCUGCAGUCAUCUGCUGAUCGGUGGAGGCAAUUUCGCCCUCGGUCCGGCUUACAUAAUAUCGGACGAGUCAAUGAUAAGGCCGCCUCAGUACCGGACCCACAUACCAAAUCAUUUGGCGCAGCAGUUGCGACAGGAAGAACGGGAAGAAGCGCUGAUGAUUCAGCAGCAGCAGCAGCAGCAGCAACAGCAACAAACGCUGUCACAGCAGCAGCCACAAAGCCAUAGUGGCGUAGUAAUAAAAAUUCAGGAGAAUGGGAUCAGCGUGCAGGAAGUGCCCCAGCAGCAGUCGGUGGUCGGGCAGCAGAGCCAGCAGCAGGAUCAGCUGCUGCUGGAUGCGGCUGGAGCCGCUGGGCGUGAUGUAGAUAACAGUAAUAAUAACAUUAACGUAGAAGAUAGCCGAUUCGAUGUGCCAACGGAGCCGAGCAGCGGCAGCAACAACGGCCCCAAUGGGGCGAACAAGGUCGCCGAGGUCCUGUACCAGGACGGGGGCGCCUCAAAUGGUGCCGGAGCUGGUCUCCUGAAUGCUAGUGAUAUCUUUUCGACCACGUCGUCGAUCGAUCUCGACAUGAAACUGAGGUCACUGCUGAACUGUCACGACCGUGACUACGAGCCGUACAUCGGCCAGCGGGGCGACUUCUGGGUGUUGAAGAACUACAUCCGAGCCGAGCACGGUGAGCUGCGGUGCCAUGAGACGGUCACCUACACCACGCAUGCCGACUAUACGUUCCUAGACAAUCUGAUACCGCUGCUGGAGAGGUGGAACGCCCCGGUCAGCUUAGCGAUGCACGCGCCCGGUACCGACUUUGUGCCCACCAUCAACUCGAUCAAAUACCUGAGAGACUGUUUACCAGAAAGUCAUUUAGUCCGCCAGCUCGUCACAUUUCAUAUUUAUUUUAGUAGUAAACAUAUUCCGAAAAUCGUUCCUAAGUUCGACAAAGUAUUAGAACCGCCCCACAACUGCUCGCUACCGGCGCCGUACUUCAAUGUGUCCAGCUCGCAGCUCUACAAGACCCAGAAGAAGCUGCUCUAUCCGGUCAACGUGGGACGGAACAUUGCACGCGAUGCGGCGAUGUCCCACUUCAUCCUAGCUAGCGAUAUCGAAUUGUACCCGAAUCCGGGCCUAGUGCAUAAGUUUUUAGAGAUGAUAGUUAGAAACGAGCCGGUGCUCCAGCGCAAGAAUCCCAGGGUGUUCCCGCUGUCGAUAUUCGAGGUAGAUAGCAGUUCGCCCGUGCCGCGAGAUAAAACCGAACUGCAGGAGCUGCUGCGGAAUGGGAAAGCUAUACCAUUCCACAAGCGGGUAUGCUCCAGCUGCCAUGGAGUGCCCAAAUCGAAAGAAUGGAUCGCUGCCAACGAAACGGAUGACUUGGGAGUUUUCCAUAUAGGCAAACGGGUAGGAUAUUUCGUCCACUGGGAGCCAAUUUAUAUAGGAACACACGCCGAUCCACAUUAUGAUGAGCGAUUGAGUUGGGAGGGUAAAAGUGAUAAAAUGACCCAGGGUUAUGCUCUCUGCGUGUUGGACUAUGAUUUCCACAUCCUAGACAACGCAUUCCUGGUGCACAAGCCGGGCAUCAAGGUGCUCAAAAAGGAUCCGAAGCGAGCGAUGCUCGCCACCAAGACGAACCAACUGAUCAAGAAGAUCAUCUAUCCGGAGCUGCAAGUCAUGUAUGGCACCCGGAAGGGCUGUGCUGUAUAGUUGAAGGGGAAGCAAACGAUACAAUAGUAUAGAGCGGAUAGUGCUACGGAUACGGGUGGAAGUCUCGGUAGCAAGUCGAUCACGAACAGGGAGCUCGCGCUCCGAAACAUUGGUGGUGGGUUUAAUUUGGAUGGGGUUUCCGCCGCAUCUUCGCCCCUGUCCUCGCUGGUAGCCACGGCUGGGGCGGGUUUUUUGCUCUCACUCCGAGAGCGUCCGCCGCACGUGGGCAACCGGCGGAAGAAGGGCAAACGAAAGGGGUAUGUAAGGCGGAAGUAAGUAAGAUUAACUCUACGUGUAAGGGUAAGAGAAUGAGAGCGUGCUUCGAGGAUCAAAUGAUGUGUUGUGUGGAGAAAAGAAUGCGCGUUUUAGACGUAUAAGCAGAAAAGUGAUAUAAAUUACUACUUAUAUCUUAAUAUACUCUUAGGAUUAGAAUAACAGGCAAACUAUAGGCUGUUUUUCUAUAGAUGGAGAAACUCUAUUUCGACGUGAUGAGUUUUUGUAUCUCUCCAUGGAUCGAUUGACUGCGAGAAGAACAACAAAAAAACAUUGUACUAUAAAGAAGGAUACAAAGCAACCAAAAUGAGAGGAUAAUGAUGGAUAUUUUUUAAAUCACUUUUACACAGAGGAAGCAAACUGUAAUACAAUAAGCGCAAACCAAAUGCAACCGAAAAUUCACUCACAUAUUAUACAUGACAAAAGAGUAAAACGCGUUACCAUGUAGCGAUCCCAAAUGUCGCAUAGAGCUAGUUUUGGUCGUUCAAAUCGAAAUAGCUGCAAGUAUCGUAAAUUUGCUGUUUUGAUCACUUAGAGGGACAUAAAUCAACAAACAACACGGGGUAAAACUACUGCUCUCACUACUACUUCUACUAGUACGAAGAAGCUGCCUUCCCGGACAGAAAAAGGUGUUAAGUGUUUAAUUAUUUGGUGGGUCGUUCCUCAUUCAUCCCAAACACUCGUGGAUUGAAUGGAUGGAAGAUGGCACUUUGAUUUGAAUAAUACAUGAUGCGGUCGGUUAAAUGAUUCUGAUACGGUUUUCCAAAAAGGAAUACCCUCAGAAGCAAAUUUGGCUCCAUUGAGCAAACCACACCCAAUUGAAUCUUCCUCUUCCACCUCAGUCUUCGUUUUCCAGAAAAUUUAUGUUUCUUCUCUAAGAUGAGUGCCUUAUCAUGUUAAACAUAACAACAACAAAAGAUGUAAUCACAAAUGAACACAAUUGGGUAUAAAUAACCACAAAGAAGGCAAGGGAUAACUUUUUGUGAAGUUAUUUACGAGUAAAUUCACCCGUAAUCAUAAUCAUUCAUAACACCCUCGGACAGUAUUUGGUUCAGUGAAUGCUCACCUUGUAAUUUUCCUCAUUUUAUUUGUAAGUGCAAUGCGUUCCAAAAAAAACAACAAAAAGCCAUAACGUGUAGUGGUGGGAACUAUCUUCUAGAAGGUUGCUGUUCCUAGAACUAAAACGAUUUUACAUUAUUAUUAUUAGCGCUAAGUCACAUAACGACGAAUGAACAAGAACCGCGAAAAAUGUGCUCAGUUUAAUUUGUAAUUAUUACAAAUAAGUAAUUCUUUAUUGGCUCCGUUAGAUGAACUAUACCAACGCACUAGAGAAGGAAAAUAGUGGUGUAUAAUGCGUAGGAGUUAAACACUUUCUUUUUUACAUAUUAGCGUGCAACCAAUUGUGUACCAUAAGUCUCAAAACUAUUGAUCAAAUAGCGUCUAAGAACAAUACAGUUGUAUUCGAAUAGUGAGAUAUUAUUCAAAAUAUUCCCACUUGUGUAUAUUCCUCUGUAGGCGAACAAAUGGGAUUUAGUUAGUUUAGAUUUCUUUCCUCUUAAAAUAUUUCGAGCGAGAUUUUCAGCAACGACGCAACGGACAAACACACACACACACACACAUACGCUAUAAAAGUUACUACCAUAGGUCUACAAGCCAAUUGAAUGAGUGAAAAUCGUAAACAGUUACUGCGUUAAACGUGGAGAAGGGAUGCGCAUACAUAUAUUUAGUGAUAGGGUGGUUUUUAAUCAGUCGAAGACACAACACAUUGUCAUAUCCUGCAACGUUAUCUUCGCUAUAUUACGACAAAAAAAAACAAUAUGUACGACUUAUUUAUUAUGUUUUUAGAAAAACAGGACGCCGCGAAACAGAAGAACUAAGCCAUUUCCAUACUUCACUGCUUUACAUACGUACAUGCAACAAAAAAAAACAAAGAAUUCAUUAGGCAUCACAUUAAACAAAAAUGAGAUAACAAAACCGGAGUCACCUAAACACACACACAAUACAUCACGAAACAAGAUCGUAUGAACAACAAAACACAUUUGUGAGAUAAGUGAGAGGAGUAAAAAAACAAUGAGCAAAAAACUGCAUACGAACGCCCAACUCUUUUAUGUGAGCAGUUCGGAAAAAAGCGAAAAAAAAUAAAUGUAUUGAAAAUUAUAACGAAAAUUAUCUCCAGGGACCGUUCCGGUACCAUUUUGUGUAGGAAAUAUGAGAAAACAUUGGGUACUCUG